AUAAAUCCGCCCCCCCUCCCCAAUUGAUUUAGGAUUUUCGGGUUGUUUUCUUUACACUGGCCGGGUGCAAGCCCCAUUAUCCGCAGCCAACACCGCUUUUGCAACUGGCUGAUCGGUGGAAGAUGGGGAGCUGUAGCCGGAAACGCCCACAGCCAUCCGCUCUCUCGCUACUUCCCGACAUAAAGUAAAAUCUCCAAGGCAGGUGGAUGAACAACAACAAGCCGAAGCAAAAAGAACGAAUUCAACAAAAUGUCCAAAAAAGUCUUUGCUCCUCCUGUACUGAAGUCCUACCGUACACCCUUUGGAAAAGGUGAAUUGGAGCUUCACGGCAAACCAGAAGAUGCAGUUACCUUCAAAUCUGUGACUAUCUCACCAGUGCAAAGUAAAAGACAGAAAGGGAGCACGUCUAGCGUAGAAAAAAAAUCGGAGUGCAAGAAGAAUUUGGAAAUGACUGAGAAUGAAAAGCGGUGUCUCACUGAUGCACAAUUUGAGGAGAUUGUCCAAAGUAUACUGCAAAAGUCUCCCCAGGAAUGCACAGAAAAUCUUCAGGAGAGGCUGGUUCCAGCAGAGUCUGCUGAAGGUCAGCGUAUGAGAAGGGAGAUGUCGGAGGCAUUUCUACAUGGAGAGAGGAGUGACUGGCGGAAGAAAACUGAAGUGGGACAGAAAGAACACCAGUUGAAAGUGAAGAAGCAGAGCAAAUCUGGCGUCAAUCAGGGUGAAAAAAAGCUAAAUGAGAAAGCUGCACCGAACAAUGUAGGGUGUAAGGAAAACCGGAAAGGAGAGCCCAAGAAAGCAGCUCAAGGCGACGCCCAAGACGUCACUGACCCAGAGGAAGCGCCGGAGGAGGAGGAGGAGGAGGAGGAGGAUGGAGGAAGUGGCAGCGGCCGCUGCUGCACAGCUUGGGUCCAGUGUUCUUACCCCAGCUGUGAGAAGUGGCGGAGGCUCAGCAGUGAUGUGGAUCCAUCAGCCCUGCCCGAGGACUGGUCCUGCAGCCAGAAUCCAGAUCUUCAGUACAACAGCUGCAGUGUUCCCGAGGAGACCUGGUCGGGCUCUGAAGACGAAGUGGUCUAUGCCAUUUAUUUUCCAGGGUCCAUCGUAUGGGCCAAGCAAUAUGGAUACCCCUGGUGGCCAGGAAUCAUAGAGGCCGACCCUGACAUUGGAGAGUACUUCCUGUUUUCUUCCCAGGCAGACUCACUUCCUUCCAAGUACCAUGUGACCUUCUUCGGCCACUCCGUCACCCGCGCUUGGAUCUCUGCCUCCCUGCUGAAGAACUACGGGGAAGCACCUGGGGAAGGAAACGCCUUGGCUAAGCUCAGGAACAGAAGUGAGAAGGAGAACCUCAAAGCGGCUCUGGAAAUGGCAAGAGAAGCAGAACAGAUGAGCAUCCAGGCAAGAAUAAGGAGAUUUGGGUUCCACAGCCGAUUCAAACACAAAGAAUCUCCCAAAGACUACAAAAUCCUGAAAGAGCAGAAUAACACGGCCUCCGGGCCUCCGGUCAAAAGGCCUCCAGGAACCAAGGGUGGGACUAGGAACACUGCAACCUCCAGCAAGAAUCAAGAAAAGAUUCUUCAUGAAAUAUCAGGAGUGAAACCCAAUUCAAAUAUCAAGAGGCCCAUGGAGAAGAAAGGGGACAAAAAACCUCAGUUAGGAGGACUUGAAAACGCCUCCCCUGCGUUGAAGAAGAGCCAGCGAGAGAGAACGGCCCCCAAAACUGCAGCUACACUCUCAGGAUCUGAUCGAGCAACCGGAAAACAGGAUAGUAGACGGAAAGGCUUGAAGAAAUCCUUCCAGGCGUCUCAGGCCAGGCACCCCCUCCGUUCCUGGCCAGACAGCAGCCCUGCCGAUUUCGCCUCCUCUCCUCCCCCGAGCCAGAGAGACCACUCCAACGGGUCAGGGGGCUCCCCGGGGCCCAAAGGAACCUGAGCAGAGGGGAAGGCGGGGAACCCCAACAGCUGCCUCCACCGAGGAGGAGGAGGAGGAGGAGGGCUCUUCUUCUCCUCCCACAGAUUCCUCUUGGGCUUUGUUUGACUUGAAGGAAAAGACAGCAAGGAUGAGACAAUGGUGGGAGGCUGGCAAAGGUUUCCUUCGGGAGUUUGGUUGACUUGGGAAGUUAAGAGAGCUGCAGAUUGUGAAACGAAGACCUGGAAGUGGAGCCCUGAGCAGGCAGAGGGAGAAAAGCCUUUUGGAAAAACAGCUCUUGGAGGGGGUCUCACCUGGGGGGCUGCAGUUGCACCUCCUGGCUGGCAAACCUCUGAAAUCCCUCUGCUCUCCCCCCCCCCCAAACUCCAUUAAAAGGUCCUUUUCCACUCAAA